AAAACGCUUAAGAAACGUUUCACAUUUAAAUCCUUUUUCUGUCACAGCAAAUAUGUCAAAUAUUUAAACAAACAUAUUCAAACAAGGUAGGUAAAAAUCUACACUGUUGAAUUUUAAAUUGGAACGUGUCCCUCCAAUUCGGAUUAAGGUAAUCCGUGACGCAGCAGAAUAGGAAGACUGCACAAUCUGUGUUGCAAGCACUCCGAGAACUCUGGCUAAGCAUGUUGCGUUUGCCUGUUGCGGGGGGCAGUCUCUUUCCAGCGGCCAUCGCCAGAGGGGGUUUGUCUGCGCGUCACAAUGCUGCUCGCACUGCAAUGACAGCAGCAGCUGCCAAUAACUUCCUGGAGGUGUUUGUGGAUGGAAAGCCUGUCAUGGUGGAGCCAGGAACGACUGUGUUGCAGGCAUGCGAGAGGGCAGGUAUGCAGAUUCCUCGCUUCUGCUACCACGAACGCUUGUCGGUGGCUGGAAACUGUCGGAUGUGUCUUGUGGAAAUUGAAAAAGUUCAAAAGCCUGUGGCUGCUUGUGCAAUGCCUGUCAUGAAAGGCUGGAACAUUUUAACCAAUUCUGACAAAACUAGGAAGGCCAGAGAGGGUGUCAUGGAGUUCCUUCUGGCUAAUCACCCUUUAGAUUGUCCAAUUUGUGACCAAGGGGGUGAAUGUGAUCUACAGGACCAGUCCAUGCAGUUUGGCAGCGACAGGAGCCGCUUCACGGAGGGUAAACGAGCUGUGGAAGACAAAAACAUCGGCCCUCUCAUCAAAACCAUCAUGACGCGCUGUAUUCAGUGCACUCGCUGUGUGCGUUUUGCCAGUGAGAUUGCAGGAGUGGAGGAUCUUGGCACCACUGGGAGGGGCAACGACUUGCAGAUUGGCACCUAUGUGGAGAAGAUGUUCAUGUCCGAGUUGUCUGGAAACGUGAUCGAUAUUUGCCCAGUUGGAGCCCUAACAUCUAAGCCAUACGCUUUCACGGCUCGCCCGUGGGAGACCAGGAAGACUGAAUCCAUUGACGUUCUGGAUGCCGUGGGCAGCAAUAUCGUCCUGAGCACGCGGGGCGGCGAAGUCAUGAGAGUUCUGCCUCGCCUUAACGAGGACAUCAACGAGGAGUGGAUCUCGGACAAAACCAGGUUUGCCUACGAUGGACUGAAGCGACAGAGGUUGACCCAGCCGUUGGUGAAGGACGACUCAGGCCAGUUAGUGCCCACGUCCUGGGAGGAUGCGCUCGCCCAAGUGGCUGGAGCAUUGCAGGGAGCUAAAGGAGGGGACAUCGCUGCAGUCGUUGGAGGCUUGGUGGAGGCAGAGGCUCUCGUUUGUCUGAAAGACUUGCUCAAUUGUUUGAAUAGUGACAGUCUGUGCACUGAGGAGGUGUUCCCCACGGCAGGAGCUGGGUCUGACUUGCGUUCAAACUAUCUUCUAAACACUGGCAUUGCUGGGAUCGAGGAAGCCGACCUCCUGCUGCUGGUGGGGACUAACCCGCGCUUUGAGGCUCCUCUUUUCAACGCACGGAUCAGAAAAAGCUGGCUGCACAACGACUUACACGUGGCUCUGUUGGGAAAGCCAGUGGACCUCAGUUACACGUAUGAUCAUCUAGGAGAGUCUCCAAAAGUCCUACAAGAAAUUGCUUCAGGAAUUCACCCGUUCUCCCAGGCUGUGACAAAAACAAAGCACCCUGUGGUUGUAGUUGGCAGCAGCUGCCUGCAGAGGGAGGACGGGGCUGCAGUAAUGGCUGCCGUGUCGAGCAUUGCUCGGAAGGCUCACGUCAGCGGGGAGGUAGAGGAAACAUGGAAGAUUGUCAACGUGCUUCACAGGGUGGCCAGUCAGGUGGCAGCACUUGAUCUUGGGUACAAGCCAGGAGUGAAGACGAUAAGGGAGAACCCACCCAAAGUUUUGUUCCUGCUCGGGGCUGAUUCUGGAUCCGUUACCCGACAGGAUCUCCCAGAAGACAGCUUGGUUAUAUAUCAAGGUCACCAUGGCGAUGUGGGGGCCCCAAUGGCGGACAUAAUUCUUCCCGGCGCUGCUUAUACUGAAAAACGCGGUACCUACGUGAACACAGAGGGCCGGGCCCAGCAGACCCGAGUGGCUGUGACUCCUCCAGGCAUGGCCAGGGAGGACUGGAGGAUCAUCAGGGCCAUUUCUGAGCUUGCAGGAGUGAAGCUACCAUAUGAAACUCUGGAUGAGGUGCGCAACCGACUUGCAGAAGUUUCCCCAAAUUUGGUUCGGUAUGAUGAAGUUGAGGAGGCCAACUAUUCUAAACAGGUGGCUGAGCUGUUUCAGACAGUGAACCAGGCUCUCCUAACUGAACCUUUAGUCCCCCCACAGCUUACCGUGAGAGACUUCUACAUGACGGAUCCUGUAAGCAGAGCCUCCCAGACCAUGGCAAAAUGUGUAAAAGCUGUAACAGAAGGAGCACAGGCUGUGGAUGAGCCGACCAUAUGCUAAAGAUAAAUGGACUGCUAAAGUUUAAAAAAAAAAAAA